AUGAAUGGGGAUAUAGAAACUGACUCACAACUUUUGGGAACGUCUCAAAAUACUCCUAUAUCAGUUUUUGUUUCUCCACCUCCACCUCAAGUUGAAAAUGCUUCUUCUACAAAAGGAAAAUGGGGCUCUAACUUUAGUAUUACCAAUGCGAAGGCUUUGUAUAAAGAGAUUCACAAGAAACCCUUUCUUCUUAAUCAUUGUUGGCUCAUGUUAAAGGACCAACCAAAGUUUGCCGAUCCUAAUGGAAGAUCAAAAGCAUCCGUGCCUCCAACUCCGGAGUCAACAUCUAUUGGCGAAGGGGAAUAUGGGUCCGAACUUGGUGGCACUUCCAAUUUUGAGAGGCCAAUUGGUAGGAAGAUCGAAAAGGCCAUCCAAAAGAACAAAGCCACCGGAAAAGAUGUAGGGGAAUAUUUGGCCAAGAAAUUGAAAUUUAUUGAGGAUGUUGCAUCCAUGAAUCGCUCUUUGUUUCGCAAGUUGCUUUUUGAUGACUCAGAUGAGGAUGAGAUAAUCGAAGAACUUGUUAUAGAAACAUCACAACCUAAACGUCGUCACUCUAUCCGAUGUAAUCAUUUGGUAGGCUAUGAGAGGCUUUUUCUUGAUUAUUUUGCUCCCACACCAAUAUAUUCACUUGCUUUAUUUUGUAGGAGAUUUCAGAUGAAGUGUUUUCUUUUUCUCCGUAUUCAAUCUAAGGUAGAAGCUCAUGACUCUUACUUUGUCCAAAAAAGAAAUAGUGCCAACAAACUUGGUUUAUCUUUAUUACAAAAGAUAACUGCUGUACUUAGAAUGCUUGUGUAUGGAGUAUCGGGUGAUUUGAUAGAUGAAUAUGUUCGGAUUGGAGAAACUACUGCAUUAGAAAGUUUGAAAAAAUUUGUUACUGCGGUAAUUGAUGUUUUCUUUGAAGAAUACUUGAAAAAGCCAAAUAAUGAAGACAUUGCUAAACUGUUAGCUCAUGGCAAACGCUGA